AUGAACUGUGUCUUACCGCUGAGAGCGUCUGCCGUGGCGCGAGCGCAUCUUCGACGCGUGUCCACCGUGCCCAUGAUUUUUGAAGGCGCCCCCACGGACCACCACUUCAUUCCUACGUCCCCCGCUGGAGAACCCCUGCACAAGGUGCUAGCUCUGAAAGACACGCGGCCCGUGGCAGAGCUGUGCGAGCGGGCGACGAAAGCGUUUCGGUUGUGGAAAGCUACGAGCGUGAAGGAGAAGCUCGGCAUUUACGACAAUAUCCUUCGCCAAUUCGAGGCCCAGAAAAACGAGCUGAUCGACGCCCAUGUAGAGAUUGGAAACCCGAUGUACAUGGCGGAAUUCAACUACUACGGAACGCUGGAUAAUAUCCGCCACUACCGGUCAAUUCUGGACACUAGACCUGCCGGAACAAUGCCUGUUCGAAACGUCAACUCAGGUGACGCUGAUGAAAUCUCUAUGGUGGUCAACGAGCCGUUCGGCCCUGUGCUGAGCAUAGCCGCGUGGAACGCGCCGCUGAUUCUUGCCACGCGCGCAAUAUUUGCCCCGCUCACAGCGGGCUGCUCUGUAAUCGUCAAGUCCAGUGACCUUUCGGCCAGGAUCUCGUAUCUGACCGUCCAGGCGUUGCUGGACGCUGGAGUCCCUAAAGACGUGGUCACGCUGGUGCAUUGCGAGUCGGCAAAAUCAAAAGAGGUAGUCGAUGCGCUCAUUGCGAACAGAAACGUCAAAAAGGUGAAUUUCACCGGGUCCACCCGCGUGGGCUCCGAAAUAGCAGCGGUGGCAGGAAAACAUCUCAAGCCCGUGCUGCUGGAACUCGGCGGAAAAAAUUGCUCCAUCAUACUGGACGACGUCGACGACCUCGAAAAUGCUCUACGGACCAGUCUGUGGGCCAGCUGGGCACACAAGGGACAGAUCUGUAUGUGCACGGACCUGAUUUUCGUGUCAGAAAAAAACUAUUCACAGGCUGCCCAGAUGCUCCAGAAAAUUGCAACUCAAACCAUCGCCAACGACGAAUCGCUAGCGAUGUCGCAAAGAACGGCCGCACACGCAGAGACAGGGAAAAAACUCGUCAGCGAAGCACUGCAACAGGGCGCAAAGUUGCUCGCCGGCAGCCUGGACCUCUCUGCUACCAACCAGUUCGCCCCAGUCGUUCUCACAGAUGUGAGGCCGGAAAUGAAGGUGUAUACCACGGAGACUUUUGCCCCGGUUGUGUGCCUGGUGAAAUAUAAAGACGUGGCGACGGUUGCUGACCAGGUCAACGCGCUGGAUUACGGGCUAAAGUGCUCUAUCUGGACCAGCCAGGGCCUCGCAGCAUACAAACUGGCUGGCCAGAUAGACUGCGGAUCUGUCCACGUGAACAGACCAACCGUGCUCGACGAGCCGCACCUUCCCCAUGGCGGCACCAACAAGUCCGGCUUCGGCAGGUUCAACUCGCACUGGGGGGUCUCUGAGUUCCAGUACCCCAAACUCGUCACCGUGAAACCGUGA